AUGCUCAUUGGCCGCUUUCAUAGCAAAUCAUCGUUGUACUCGUGAUCGAAACUGUCGUUUCAAAUUGAAGUAACCGAUUCGGUGAGUCGGGUGAGAAAUCGCGGUUAGAAGCGUGCAUUGUUCGGAGUGAAAGAGCGUACUCCGUACGGUCUUACUCUCGUGAGAGCGAGAGAAGUGGAACGGAGCAGUGAUAACAGGAGUACGGUUGUUCAACGUGAUCCCUCAUCGUGCGUACUUUGUACACAACCGUCCCCGCGACGAACUCGCGCGGCGGUUUCGUCGAACUUUGUUAACUCGAGAAUACAGGCAGGUAAAACUACGUGUACACGCGCAGGACGCAACACAAAAUGUCCUUCUCCAAGGCGAGGAUACAGCGGUUCAACGAACUUGGAAGCGAUGCACCACCACCAGGCGCAUAUGAUCCAAAAUUCGACACUAAAGUGAAAGGACUUGUUAUUGAGAAGUCUGAUAGAUUUUUAGAUAGUAAGAGUACAAGUAGCGCAGAAUGCUCGAUCGCGUCAACAAAGAGCAAUACAAUGACUCCCAUUUUCCGUAUGCCCCAACCGCCAUCGAAGCGAGUCACAAAAUCAACGACAGGGUCAAUUUAUCCUAAAUUGAAAACUCAGCAACCCUUAAUAAAAAUUCAAAGCAUACAAUAUGAAUCCAAUCAAGAACUAGCAGAUCUUCAAGUAGAAUGUUUAAACAAAGAUAAAACUAUACAGGAACAUGAGAAGCAUAUCGAAGAUAUGAAAGACGAGAUACGGAAAUUAGAAAUCGAAAUAGAGGAAUUGCGCAAGAAACAAAAUGAAAUAGAAACGCAACACCAGAAAGAUAUAGAAACAAUGGCUAAGUUGCAUCAAGAUGUACUAAAUAAUGAUAAUGAUAAAUAUCAGACAGAAAUGCAGAGGCUUCGUUUGCAAUUAUUAGAAAUGACCAAGGAAAAAGAACAAGAAAUUUCAACGCGAAAAAUAAUGGAAAUGGAACUUAGAAAUCGUGUGAACGAACUAUCAAAAGGAAUGGCAACAUUGGAAGCUGAAUUGCAUGCUAAGAAAGAGGAGACCAGAGCAGAGGUUGAAGUUCUUGAAGAUCAUAUUAGAGAAUUGUCAAACAAAUUGGAAACAAUGAAACAAAAUCGCGAUAUUGAAAUACUAGCAUUACAAAAAGAAAAAUAUCAACUUGAUGUCUGUAUUACUAAUUUAACUGAAGAUCAAUCUAUUCUUAAAUCUGCUUUGGAAAUAAAGCAGGAUGAAAUUUCAAAACUUGAAAAUCAGUUAUAUACUCUGCAAUACGAAUCACAUAAACUUAAAACACAAUGUGAAGAGCUUGAUAACAAUUACGCUAAUAAGAUUUCCGAUUUCACUAAUAAACACGAGGAAGAAAUUAAAUGUUUAAAAAAUGAUUUUGAAAAAGAAAAACAAGAAUUUUUAGUACAAAAUGAAGCUUAUAAGACACAUGCAUUAAAAAUGGAAACCAAGGCAAAUAAAAUGGAACAAACAAACUGUUCUCUUGUGGAAGAAUUGAAGCAUCUUCAAAAUAUUCAUAAAGACGUAACUCAACGUUUGCAAGAAGCUCAAAAUGAACUAAAGCUUUCAAAUGAGAGGCAUACCAUUAUGAUAGAAAAAUAUAAAAAGGACCUGAAUGACAUGAAAAAAAAACAUACUGAAAACACAUUAAGAUUGGAGAAAUUAUUAGAAGAUGCCGCAGAUGAAUAUAUAAAAGAACUGGAAAAUGUUAAGAAGAUGAAAAAUGAAGAAAUAGAGGAAUUAAAACAAACUUCCGCUAAAAAACUUGAAGAGGAAACUGAACGGAUAAUGAAACAUGCUCAGAAAAUUAUCGAAGAAGCUGAGGCUGAUAAACGAGAUGCACUAAUAGCAUGUCACACUGAGGGCAAGGAACAGGUGAAAAAAACGAUUGAUGAAUGCGACGCUAAAGUAAGCAGAUUACACGUCAAUGCUAUGGUCGAAGAGGCGCGAAAUACUGUAGAAGAAGAGAUGCGACUUGCUGAUGAUAGAUACAAAGCAUGUUUGCUUCGUAUGGAAGUAGAACGUGCUGCAUUAGAUGAAAAACUUUCGCAAAGAGAUGAUGAAAUCACUAAACUUUCCACGACACUUGAGGAGUUAAGAUCAUCCGUGGAAACACAGGCAAGUUUUAGUCAAAGUUUGCAAGCUGAAUUGGAUAAAGCAGAAAGCGAAUUGGCAGACAAAAAACAAGAAUUGAGAUCUUUAAAAGAUCACAUUAGAACAGAAGCGGCCGAAAUGGUUGCUAGAAAGAAAAGAUUUGAGUUAAUAAUGGCUGAAAAUCAAGCAUCCGUUGCUGCGCUUACUAAUCGGUUGGCUCAAAGCAACGCUGAAGUGGAAAGAUUACAAUAUGAAGUUAAACGCGGUGAAGAUAACAUACGCGAACAUAAGGAAUUGCUUAAUGCGAUGCGUAAUAACUCACAAAUAGUGCACGAACAAGUUCAUUCUUUCAUGAAAGAGUUAGAUACCCAUAGACAUCUAGUAGAUCAGCAUCAAUCUGGUAAUUUAUCUCAAUUUGAUUCGAUAAAAUCUGUCUUUGAGGCAAAAAUUGAAAGUUUAAAACAGAAAACUGGGAAAGAAAUUGCAAGACUUGAGGAUGAUGCUAAACUUAAAUCUAUAUUAAACAAUCAGUUGAGAACACAGCUUGAGGAAAUGUCUAUGAGUAUCAAUGAAGCGCAAAAUGCGUUACUUGUAUUAGAAGAACAAAAUGACGCUAGAGAGAUCGACAUUUCACGAAUGGAGCUAGAAAAUAAUAAACUUUUACAGAAAUUAAACUGUCAUGAAGAAGCGUUAAAAGAAAGUAAACAAUUACUUGAAGAUCAAGCGAUGGAACAUAAAAUUAUUGUAGACAAAGCAAAUUCUAGAAUAGAAGAGCUUUCUGAAAAAAUUAAACAAUUUGAAAAAAUAGAAAAAAAUACAAAGGAAAUCACUUUAUUAUUAGAGCAAGAACGAAACAAAUGGAAAUCUGCGGAAAAUGAACUUAUGCAGCAGCUUAAAGAAGAAAGAAUACGACGAGAAGAAGCUGAAGAGGAGGUCAAGAAAUUUAUAACGUUGAAUGAAGUUCUUAAGAAGGAUUAUAAAGAAAUUGUUGAAAAAUAUGCUGAUGUAAUCGGUCAUCAGAAUCCUAAGCAAAGAAUCAAACAUGUGAUUCGGCUUAAAGAUAAGAACUACGAAUUGGAACAGGAAUUGUUAAACAAGACCAGAUUAGUGGAGCAACAACAAAAAACCAUAGAAAAAUUGAAAGCGGAAGAAAAGCGAUCUCACUGGAAAGGCAAGGAAAAUGUAGGAAUGGUACAUUCCACUCCUAUUUCUUCUCCACAUAAAACAUUGACGCCAUUAAAAGAUCGAAAUGAUUAAUCUCAAGCAAUAGUUUAAUAACUUGUCUUAAGUUAUUAGUAGAGCUCGAACAUUCAGGAGAUCGAUUGUGUAUUACACAAGUUGAAUGCAAAUUUACAAAAGUAAGCAAAUUCACUAAAGUUUGACCAAUAAAAUUACAAAUAUUCUAAUAAAUUUACUGACUUUUGUAAUUUUCACCAAAUUGUAUAAUACACAAUCGAUCUUCAAUCACAAUUCUGUUUUGUGCGCCGAGAAUCGCUGUGUGCGAAUUGUGUGCAUGCGCGCGUGUGUGUUUGCAUUCAGCGGCAACGCCAAAUAAUAAUUGACAAUCGUCACACACACACACACACACAAUCCGCAGCGGUUCUUUGCGCACGACACGAGAUCGUGCCUGAACAUUCGAGUCCUAGUUAUUAGUCUAGAUUACAAUUAUUCGAAUUGAUUUAUACUGGAAUAAUUUCUUGAGGAAAAACAGUUGCCGCGAUAAUUAAUAUUAAUUUUAUCUGUGUUACAAAAGAGAAUAAUUCGAGAAAUCUUUGAAAAAUGUAUAUUUUUUUAUAAAAGUUACAAAAUUAUUGUUAGUACUGUUAAUUUUGCCAUUAUGCAUUUCAAACUGAAAUACUAUCGAUACUGGUCGAUACCAUCGAAGAAUAUGUUAUAAAAAAUUUUCCUAAUAUAUUUUACAUUUUAUGUAAUUUAAUAACAUUUAUAUUAUAUUUU